AUCGGAGAGGAGGGGGUGUGAUUGGCUGAAGUGGCCCUGUUGCCUUGGUGACGGCAGGGGGGGUACGGAAGCGUUGCCGUGCGGCGUGAUCUCCGCGCUGCUGCGUGGAUGGAGGAAGCAGCUGCUGAUCUUUUGACACAGCGCGAGCGAAAGGCUACUGCAUGAAAGCACGGCAGCUUUUGUCGUCGGACGCGACAGUAGAAUGCACGAAUACCCUCCUGGUUUGAUGGGUCCGAUUAUAGGGAUGUCUCCAGAUAAGAAAGCCGAAUCUCCUGGAGCGCAGGGCGUGUGUGGAGCUGGAACUCUCCCUGAAGCAGAGAGUGCUUCCAGUCCCAUGGCUACCAGUCUGGACCAGAUUGUUCGCACUGGAGCAUUGAGUGUGGUAGCAGGCGAGUCUGAAGAUGACGAGCUAACCAACCUGAACUGGCUUCAUGAGAACUUGCUGCAGAACUUCACACUCGGUGGACCUGAGGCACAACCCAUCAACAGCCCGUUGUUUGACAUUGAGGGUGGCGGUGGAUCGCCACACAGUAACACCGCCUCGUCUGCCUCCUCGGUCUCUGCGGGAAGUGAAAGAGAUCCUUACAAGUCAAAGCCUCCCUUCUCUUUCUCCUUACUGAUAUACAUGGCUAUUGAGCAGUCGCCCAGCAAAUCUCUCCCAGUAAAGGACAUCUACGGUUGGAUCCUCAAGCAUUUUCCAUAUUUCUCUAGUGCCCCUACUGGCUGGAAGAACUCAGUGCGCCACAACCUGUCCCUCAAUAAGUGCUUCCGUAAAGUAGAGAGAAGCAUAGGAAAGACCAAUGGGAAAGGCUCUCUGUGGUGCGUUCACCCCGAGUUCCGGCCCAUGCUGAUGCAAGCCCUGAAGAAGCAGCACUUCCCAAAUGCACAUGCCUUCUGCACCCCUCCUGCCUCCCCUCCUAGUGCCUCGUCUCCUCCUCAUCACCUAUUCACUUCAGAGCAGGGCUGUGCCCUAAAAGAAUGUGAUUUUGAUGCUGCCACUGCCAUGAUGCUGUUAAAGUCUGCCUCUGAGCAGAACUCAUACCCAGACCAAGAAGGACCCAUAGAUCUCUCCCGAAGGGACUUGGUGGUUGUGAGUCGGGAUCCAAAGCAGGAUCACAACUACAGCAGCACCCCUGUCCCGCCUUGCCCUCGCCAGAUGCCUCUUUCACAGCCAGUCAACUUCAGUCUGAGUUUGUACCAUGAUCAGGAGAGAGAAGGCCGGGCUCGAUGGCCACGCAACCCGCUGCAGGGCCAGCUUUUAGGGAAGAGGAGCAGGAGAGAUUCUCGGUCUGACGUGGACGAGGAGCUCAAGGAGGCGGCCGGCUCGCUUCUACACCUGGCCGGUAUUCGCACCAGUUUAGUCGCCUCGAGACGCAAGAGCAGGAAACUCAGUAGAAAAUGAACCCAAUUCCCAACGCUCAACUCCAUCUUGUGGCCUGCCCAACCUCUCUCUUCUGGUUUGGUGUAUCUUCCUUCUUGUUUGUAGUUCUUGGGGUGUUUUCUUUCCUUUGGUCUUUUUAACUGGGAUGACAUCCCGGUCCACUUAUCAAACAUGGCAAUACAAACACAGGAGAGAAAAGCCAUACUGACACGUUUUAUGUACAGAAAAGAAUCCGAUUUGAAUGAACAGCCCACAUCAGCUAGUUAAUAACUAAGAGGGUUUGAAGAUGUUAAUCAUUUAAAAAAAAAAGAGAGAGAGAGAGAGAGAGAGAGAGAGACACUGUCAAAAAGCUUCAAGAUUUGCAUGCUUCCACCUCUAAAUCAACAAACUUAUUUAUACGGAAAACGAAUGCAUGGAUUUUCAAGCUCCCGAGACUUCUCAUGCCUCACCAUAGCGGGGGAAAAGAUUUUUGAAAGUGCCAUUGAUUUUGGAUCAUAAUAUAAACAUGAUACAAAGAAGAAAUGCAAUAAUUAGUCGACCUAAAUACCUGUAGUUAUUUUAUUUUUGUACUGCUGGUUUAUAUAUCGUGUGGUGGUGACAGCAUGCCCCUGGGAGCCUUUUGCUGCCGCAGUUAUGAUGUCAAAACCAUGUGACUCCUCCCGUGCAUCCUGAUUGGAUCAGUUUUGCAUCCCCAUCCUGACCCCUAUGACUGGAGAACUGCUUGAAAGAAACCACUUUUUCUUGCAUGCCCAUCAGCCUCAGUGUUUCUCAGAAGCUAGCGAUCUGUAUAAUCAGGUGUUGUGCUAUUCCACGUGCACUCACUGACUUGAUUAAAUCAUUGCCCAUGCUCGUACUGCGUGCUUUUGGAGCGUACUAAACAGCGGCCAAUCAAAACAAGAACCUCUUUACCUCUAAUAUAACACUCUCCUUGACUUUUUGCUGGCAGGAGCGACAGCUCUACCUGAAUCGGGCCUUUAUCAUCUUUUUUUUGGUUCAAAAUGUGUGACAAAGCCUCCAGUAGGGGGUGCUGUGUGGACCGCCUCUUUCCACUGCUGCUUUUGAGACCUCCAGAGAGUUCCCAGGGCAUGAGAGGAAACCAGACACAAUGUGAACUGCACAAUAAACACAUCUGCAAGCUGAGACGGACAUUCUCCCAUCAUUGCGGCUCACGGAUGGUGCUGAUCAUGGGAGAAAGGAUCACUGGAACUGAAGCUGGGGAGAGUGGACAUUAUAUUUAAAGAGUUAAAGGUGAUAGGAUAUCCAACCGGAUGUGAAAUGAGAACUGUGAUACUCUGGACUCCCGGCCGUACUACUUUUUUUCCCCCCUUUGAGAUCGCCAAAGUUGCUGCUCACAAAACUCGCCUGGCUGUGUGUACCCUGUGGUCCUGGACCUUUAGGUUGUUUGUUUAUGAUUGGGUUUUUAAGUGUUUGUUUGAGGCUACAUUAGGAUUUUUAUAUACCCAAGCAUGUGAAAUUGUGAACUAUAACUGCCACUUGCCCCCUUAGACUGGGAAACCAGAACAUCUUGUUUGAGUUGAUUAUUAUAAAACUGCCUAUCCUUGUGAAGCUCUUUCCCUGUCACUUUAACCAUGGCUGCCAAUUCAUCCCCUCCCAGCUGUAUAUAGUGCUACUAAAGAAUGGAAGUAUUAAUGCAGGGAGGGGGACCGAGCAGUAGUUUUAGAAUUUGAGGCCAAUUCUGAAAACAGCUGCCUAUUAAUUAUUAUUGUUAUUGUUAUUAAUAUCAAUUAUUAUUAUAUUAAGAUAUGGGUUGCCACUAACUGAGUUGCCACUUCCCAUCGAUUUUGUCAUGUUCGUCUGCCAUGUUUGUGGCAGUCUGAACUUGAUUUUUGAUUUUGUAAGCUAAUCUCUGUUAAUAAAAGGUUUAUAAAGUUUAUUUUUGCCAAAGAUAUGCAAUUGUUGCAUUAUAUAUGGUAUUAAAGAAUAAAAGAGUUUUUUUCUUUUACUGA